AUAACACUCUGUCCAAAAAAAGGAACACUAAAGAGAAAACGCGUGGCGCCAUUAACGAAGGUGUAGUAGUAGCUGAGGGGAUUCGCCACAAUGCAAUCUCCUCGUAAGUUAUUCCACGCGCGAUCAUCACUCGCCACGCGCCGAUCGACAGCUCUUAUCGUAUUAACUUCCCUAGCUAUAGGAAUCGCCGGAUUCACAUUUGGACUGGCCGUGAUUCUCUUCCCGGCUCUCCGACUAACCGGCCGUAAUUGCUUGACGAACUCUCCUCCGAAGACAGUGCGAGUCGUUUGGGACGUCGUUGGCAAUAGCAAUAGCAAUAGUAAUAGUAAUAGCAAUGGCGUUGGCGAUGGGAAGAGGCAUAAGGUUAUGGGAUUCGUCGGUAUUCAAACCGGAUUCGGAUCCACUGGCCGGAGACAAGCUCUUAGGAAGACGUGGAUGCCGUCAGAUCCAGAAGGUCUUCGACGCUUGGAGGAAUCUACAGGAUUAGCUAUUAGGUUUGUGAUAGGAAAGACCAAGAAUGAACAAAAAAUGGCUGAGCUCAGAAGGGAGAUUGAAGAGUAUGAUGACUUUGUACAGCUAGAUAUAGAAGAGGAGUACAGUAAGCUCCCUUACAAAACUUUGGCUUUCUUCAAAGCUGCAUAUGCCCUUUACGAUGCUGAAUUCUAUGUCAAAGCUGAUGAUGAUAUAUACUUGAGGCCAGAUCGACUCUCUCUGCUAUUGGCGAAAGAGCGGAGUCACUCUCAAACAUACUUAGGAUGCUUGAAAAAGGGUCCAGUUUUCACAGAUCCUAAGCUCAAAUGGUAUGAACCAUUGUCUCAUCUGCUGGGAAAAGAAUAUUUUCUUCAUGCUUAUGGCCCGAUAUAUGCUCUCUCUUCUGAUGUCGUAGCAAGCUUGGUUGCCCUGAAGAAUAACAGUUUCAGGAUGUUUAACAACGAGGACGUAACAAUAGGUGCAUGGAUGCUAGCAAUGAACGUCAACCACGAAAACCAUCACGUUCUUUGCGAACCAGAGUGUUCUUCUUCCUCUGUUGCUGUAUGGGACAUCCCCAAAUGCUCAGGUCUUUGUAAUCCAGAGAAAAGGAUGUUGGAACUUCACAAGCAAGAAAGCUGCUCAAAAAGCCCGACUUUGCCAUCAGAUGAUGAGUAAUCUUUUUCCACUUCUUUUACAAAAACCUGCAGCAGAUUGCUUCACACAGAUUGCUCUGUUUUGGAUUUGUCUCCGAUCUUUGAAGAGUGAAAGUUUUGAAUUUUUUUUUGUCAUUGAGGAAGAAAGUUGGAGGAUUUUUGUCAGAGCCAGUAUAAUGUUAGUAUAUAGACUAUACUAUACCAACUCCUUAGUCCUUACCAUGUUUUCUUGUGGUUUACCACAAUGAUCAAUACUAUAGUGAACCGAUGUGUGUAGUCGAUUUUGUUUGUUUUUCUUUCCUUAAUAUCAAAAGACGAAGUCAUAAUUAAACAGAGAGUAGUAGUAACUUCAAAAGACACAAAAAGAAGUAAAAAGGCAAAAAAAAAAUGUAUAAUUUUUUUUGUCAACAAAAAAUGUAUAGUUUAUAGUACUCCCUCGUAUUUAAAUGUAAG